CUAGAACAACAAGGAAUCCGGCAGAACGAAGAGGAAGUGAGAUUUCUUAGAACAGCAGGAUGUCACGAAAACAACCUGGAAAAAUGUCCAUUCUCCAACGGAAAAGGCGGGGCAAAAACACCCCAAUCUUUAUUUCCCGACGAGCAAUACUAGUACAACAGCUGCUGCUCACCUCCUUCCUUCACCUGCAUUCGUCACCCCGCUGUAUGACAACAGCGGAGCGCGUUGAAGACCACCGUCAUCAGCAACUACACGGUGGACAAUUGCACCAAACCACCCUCGAAAUCGUGGCCGACGCCGGUGUAAAAACCUCGACGACGAGCGUUGGAUUGGAUAAGGAUUUCAGGAGCCAGCAGGAAGUGCUAGAAGCAUCCUCUUCACGACCAAGAACACCCGGACCGCACGGAAAGAGCAGUGCUGCAGUACCUUCUUCCAGAAUGUCGCACACGAGGACGACGAAGAAAACCAUGAGCAAAAAGCAGGCCGCGGUCGUACCACGGGGAACAAGUGCCGCCGCUACGCCAGGACAUGAGGAAGAACACGAGGAGGGAACUACAUCGCAUCAUCAAAACGUCGGAGGACGGCAGCAGGCCAGCGACGACGGGCGGCACAGUAAGAAGAACGAAGUUGGUGAUGUUGAACAACCACAACAAGUCGAACCAGCACUGCAUCGCCAUCAGCUGGCCGGCGCGGCGGGGACCCGUCGUCAGCACGAGCAAGAACACGCUUAUCAAAUGUAAAAGUGUCUGGGUCUGGAAGAAUGCGACUUGUCAUGCUAAAUCUGAAGCAUGCAAAAAUCUGUGUUGCAUGAUUACCAAAAGUCGUCCAGUUUUGACCAAGUCGGGGGGGAGUUUCUCAUGCAGGAUAGGCAUGAGAGAGAUCGCAGUCGCACAGAAUCUGUCAUGCGAGGUCCUGCAUUCCAGACCUCAUGAGUCAUGGAAAAGCUGCAUGACAGAGCGCGCAUUCUUCCAGACCCAGACAUUUUUGCAUUUGAUAAUGCUGUCCAAAGUGCGACGUCGACCAUGCGGCGAGAGAACAAACCCAAUAGCGAAAGCAAAACUCCUGCUGAUGAAGAAUUACUAGAAAUUUCCACCCGCCCGGUACAUCAUCUUCAGAGUCGUGACAAAGAUGAUGAAGUGCAGGCUCUCCACCAAGCCGAGGUCCCCCGCCUGCAGAAGAACAGCACGGCUGCGAAGGAGAAUUCCACCGGUCUUGAAGGUGUACAAGAUGAUGCGCUGCACGCCCACUCCAGCCGUUCGGCGAAGCGGGCACCACAGUUGAUGACAAGCGAGCGGAACCGCGUGACGUUGGUCCAGCGGGCGGAGCAGGCCCUCAGCGACGAGAGCAAAGCCAAGCAACGUGCGUCUGCAGACGAGGUUGACAUCACGCCAACUGACGUGGGCAGCGCCACGGCAUCGAGCGACUUUGGAAAUCCCGCCAACGACAACUGGUACAACCCUAGCAGAGUUAUUGAUGACGCAUUGGACAAUGUUUUUGCCACGGCCAACGACAACGCCGGAACCGCGCAGGUGUGUGCGUUAUCAUGUGCAAAAGUAUCGUACUCGCACUAAUUGCAAAUAUGCAUGACACAUCUUCUUCCAAAGGUGAAAGAGCAUUACAGACCGCACUUGUCAUGCUGAGAAAAGUUGUAUAAUGCAAUUCGUACUAGUACGAUACUUUUGCACUGCAUAUCCGUGGGUGCAGAUCGAUUUGGGUAAGGAAAUGGCCGUGUCGGAGGUCAAAUACACAUUCAAAAAAGUCACUAGCCAUACCCGCAGAAUUUUUUUCGAGACGGUGUGGGGGGGAGAUGCUGAUAUCCAGUACGAAGGUGGUAAGGACACGGCAACCGACAGCAACGGUGCGGAGGUCGGUGGUGCAGACAAAGGGUUCCGGAUAGCGGUUUCGUCCAGAAAACGCGUGAACACCGACACCUGCGAGGCAUGACGAUGCACAACUCCCCCUCCCCCUCAGUUGCCACGCAAAUUACCAAAUGCACCCUUUUACUUUUUGUCUUUGGCACUUCUCGCAUGUCAGGUUUCGGAAGCCGAAACAGCACCAGAAUCGGUCGCGAAUUUGUCAUGCAAAAGCUGCAUUUAUGCCAGCACUUGUGUAGUUGCUGCUUAGUGACGCCCUUCAAAUGAGCGGGGGGAGUUGUGCACUCUGAUACGAGGUCCAAAACACCAGCGACUGGGACGACGGGUGGUGCAAGGGUAAGGCCGUCGGAGAGGAGUGUCCGACCACGGCUGAGGAGACCUGCGAGCUCGUCCUGUACGGCGCCGGAGGAGAGGGGCUCGCCCGCUUCACCCAGGAGACCGACCACACCGAUUUUGCCACGGCUACCAUCAAUUGUAACGGCAAGGUCGGUAUGAAUUGCAAAAGUAUCGUACUCGUAUAAAUGCAUUACAAAUUUCCUCAGCAUGAGAAAUAAAAUUUGUAAUGCGGAUUUAGCUUCAGAAAAAAAUUUGUAAUGCAUGAUUGCAAUACGAGUACGAUACUUUUGCACAGGAUAGUCGGCCAGUACGUGAUCCUCGAGUGGCCCGGGGGGACUGGUGGUGAUUCGUCGAAGACACGAAUGGGGUUCGUCAGCGAACUGAGGGUAUUCGGCGCCGAGUACACCGAACCGCCAACGACCGAAUCGCCCGAGAAGGAAGGCGACGCCGCGUCCAAAACUGGCGCGGCUGACGAGAGCGCCACAACGACCAGGAUCACCAGGCCCUCAUUGAUUUUUCUUGCGGCAACAACGAUGGUGAUGUUGCUGGCUACCAACUUUUGCGCUGUGUGGUUUGGUUUGUGAUCGUCGUUUUUCGCACGACCACGUCGAGAAUACUUACAGCCGGACUGCAUCAAGUAGGACGUCGUAACUCUUCGCUCGCUCAACGAGGAAGUGCGUUGACGGGACGUUGAAUCUGCAGCUGUAACACAACUCGCAUUCUAGUUAUCCACCGUUCGGAGGCUGGUUAAUUUUCCUCCUCUGUUCGGCAUAUCUAGCGACCCUGAAAAAUAAAUUAUUUGCCUGGAGGACGAGGUCGUUACUGCGCGUUGCUGCUGGAGUUGUCCGUCGAGUAGCGUCCGGAAACAAGGCCGCACCUCGAGAAAAAACAGUGUUGAAGAAGUCAUGUGACGUGGAACUCAGAUUCAAG